GUGUUCCUCCCAUCACGGUCACUGAGAGGGAAGGAGUGCAGGGAUGAACUGAGGAAUGACCGGCUGCGUCACUGCUCUCAACCACAGCAGCCCGCACCAAACAACCCUCCACAGCCAUACUUUUCGCCAUUCUUCGCCUCUAACAACCCCGGUCGGUGGAUUUGCAAUACCAUGAAGCAGGCCUUGAGUAACGUGGCAUGCAGGCUGGCGAUGCUGCUUGUCAAGGAGGGGGUCAGUAUAUAGCGGCGCGGCGACUGACACGCGGCAGACACAACUGGAAGAGCUCACGCUAUGGUUUCCUACGCGGUGGUGGCGCUCCUGGUGGUGGGCGCGGCCGUGGCUCAUCCCGAGGGAGGUGCCGGCGGGGGAGUCUUCAGGAGCGGAGGCGGCGGCAGUGGCGGUCGAGGCCUGAUCAUCCUUGAGACCACGGAAGGAGGUGGCGACUAUGACGGCGGCACUGAUGUCGACUAUGGGGGUGAUGGGGUUGUUGGCGUCGGCUUUGGUGGUGGCAGUGGUGGUGGUGUAGUUGGUAUCGGCUAUGGUGGUGGUGGUGGUGAAGAUGGUGGCGACGUUAUUGGUUCAGGCGUCGUUGGCAUCGGCCAUGGCGGCGGUGUUUAUAGAACUGGUAGUGGCGUUGUUGGUGUCGGCUAUGGUGGUGGUAGUGAUGGUGGUGAGGGUGGUGGAUUUGGUGUCGGCUAUGGUGGUGGUAGUGAUGGUGGUGAGGGUGGUGGAUUUGGUGUCGGCUAUGGUGGUGGUAGUGAUGGUGGUGAUGGUGGUACAUUUGGCGUCAGUUAUGGUGGUGGUGGUGAUGGUGGUGAUGGCGUCAGCUAUGGUGAUGGUGGUGGAUUUGGCGUCAGCCAUGGUGGUGGUGGCGGUGGUGGUAGAUUUGUCAUCAGCUAUGUUGGUCGUGGUGAUGGCAGUGAUGGCGUUAGCUAUGGUGGUGAUGGAGUCGGUUAUGGUGGUCGUGGCAGCGGAGGAGACUACAGCUACGUCAUCAUCAACAGACUCAGCCCCUACACCUACAACUAUGGCGUUCAGGCGGGCCCCAGGAACUUCGGUCAGAAGGAGGAAGGUGACGGAAAGAAUGCCAAGGGCUACUACUACGUUGCUCUGCCCGAUGGCCGCCUGCAGAUGGUGUCUUACGUGGCGGACAGCAGCGGCUACCACCCCUCUGUGAGCUACUACCCAGCCGCCGCCUCUUCCUCCUCCUCCUCCUCCUCCUCAGGUUAUGACUACUAGCCGCCACAUGCCGCCCCAAAAUAUUCGUCAAGGAUAUUCCAGCAUGACGCACCUCGCUGUUCUGUACAUGAUUCAUUCUAACUUCUAAGCAAAGGCAUGAGUUCAGCCCCACAUGUCUAGCUUGUCAAGAAAGUGGUUCUCAUUUUUUUUUCUUCAUCACUGGCAACACGUUUCUUAGCUGGGAUUCAUCACAAUGAAUGCAUGUCCGCCGCAAGGUGCAACUAUAAAGAAGGUUGUCCUGGGCUCCACGUUACACUCUCAUGUAAUGUCAUAAAAAACAAGAGAAAGUUGUUUC